AGUCACGUUUUGAUAAAAAUUAAAAUUUCAAGUUCUAUAAAAAACAUGGCGUUGUUUAUUAAAUUACCUCGAGUUUUUAAUUUUGUUAAUAAUUUAAAUAAACAAAUAAAUACAAGCAAUUUACGACAGUUUAAUACAAGUAAAUUAUCAUCGGCAAGAUGUACAUCUAAAGUCCCACCAUUAGUUAAGGAAAGUAAAUAUAAAACCGCAUUGCCAUGGAUUUAUAAAGACACGAGUACUCCAAUGCAAGUACCGGAACCAUCAGAAUAUGAAGAACGAAUGGAAAAAAAUGUCAUAGAAGAAAUAAACAAUCAAGUACUGACUGACAACACAUCAAGAUUAUUUGCCGUAGUAGCCUUGGCUGGUAAACAAUUCAAAGUAACAGAAAACGAUUUAAUUGUCGUGCAAGGAUACUGGCCUCCAAAUCCCGGGGACAAAUUAAAAUUAGAAAAAAUAUUAUUAGUCGGCGGUACUGAUUUCACUUUAGUCGGCCGGCCGAUUCUUAAUCGAGAAUUAGUGGGUGUAGAUGCUACUGUCAUUGACAAGACGUUUUCACAUACAAAAUAUGAGUUCCGUUACCGACCACGUAAACAAUACAAACGAUUGAAUUUCACAAGGACACAGUUGACAACUGUCCGAAUAAAUUCAAUAAAUAUCAAAGGCGCCGUGGAUGAGAAGAAAGAAGUUGAAGGAUUAGAUCGGAUUUAUUAAUUUAAAUAAAUAAAUGAUAAUAAUAAUUACAGUAUAUUUAUUUAUCAUAAAUUUUUUCCUUAUUAUUUUGUAUAUAAAAAAUAUUAUUAAACGAUUACCGAAUUAA